AUGGCAGAUGUUGAAAUGACGGAUGCUGCUGGAGAUGCCAGCAAGGGGAAAGCUGUAGCUAAGACCACAAAGGCCGAUGCGGCUGGGGAGGGUAAGAAGAGAUUUGAGGUCAAAAAGUGGAAUGCUGUUGCUCUGUGGGCGUGGGAUAUCAUCGUUGAUAACUGUGCUAUUUGCCGAAACCACAUCAUGGACUUGUGUAUUGAAUGCCAGGCCAACCAGGGCUCAUCUACCACAGAGGAGUGCACAGUUGCUUGGGGUAUCUGCAAUCACGCGUUCCACUUCCACUGCAUCUCGAGAUGGCUAAGAACCAGACAAGUGUGCCCACUCGACAACAGAGAUUGGGAAUUCCAGAAAUACGGACGAUAG